AUGGCCGAGGAAGGGUGAGUGUGUGGGCCUGGGCUUUGUGUUCCUGUAUGUUCUACUGAUAGAACUUUUAUUAAAAGCCGGAGAUCUGCCUCUGAACAGGCUGUAAAAUUGGUUAUUCCUUGCCUUAUGCUGUGUAGCACCGACAUACCUGCUUACAUGCUUUUCAACUCCAGCUAGAAUAGAGUUUGACAGGAAACGAGUUAUUGUAGCUUUUCGGUAAACUUAUGCUUUGCCUAUGUAAACUAGCUUUAAAAUAUCUUUUUAUGCUAUUCUAACCCAUAGUGUUGGAAGUAUUUUGUACCAGUGUUUUAUUUAAGGUGUAUGGAGAUUCCUGUAUUCCUGUCAAUGUUGCCUAGUGUUAUACAGUUUUCAUAAGUGUUCUAAACUGGUUCAUCUGUACUACAGUCAUUUUAAAUGUGUAAAUGCUGCAGAGUUUGAAUGAUGAUUUCACAAUUAAGUCGGAAUCCCCUUCUCUCGACUGAGAGAAAAUGUGAAUCUGACAAGCCUGUAGCAACCCACUGUCUGGAUGACUUUAUGGCUGUUUGUGCUAAUCUUGUGUGGGUUUUUAUUUAUUUUUAUAUUUUUUUAGCAUUUCUGCUGGAGGUGGAAUGGAUAUCAACACCGCUCUUCAGGAAGUGCUCAAGACCGCACUCAUCCAUGAUGGUCUAGCUCGUGGAAUCCGUGAAGCUGCCAAGGCUCUUGACAAGUAAUUUGACUUUUCACUACCAUAUUGAUAUUUUAUUGUGUUCAAACCAUGCCUCUGUAUUGUCUUUAGAACACUAGCUGCUUUGGCAGUACAACUUCAUAUAAUGUGAAGUCAAUUUCCUGAGGAUUAAAGGAACACUAGCGUUAAUAAUACAAAGCUUUGUUCCAAAUAAAGUGUUCCUAUACACCUCCCCCACAGCACUCAAACGGUUAAGCCUUUAAAAAUGCAUCUUGUUGAAGCGUAGAUGUUCCCCUGCUCUCUUAGCCUUCUGUGAAAUAAUUGUGAUGGUGAGCCUUAAGUGCAUGCAUUUCGAACACCACGCACUUUAAUCCUUCUCCAUAGGAAAGCAUUGAACUAAUGUCUUCCUAUUGGUAUUAGAUGAUACUGGAUGACCUGCAGAUGCCAAAAACUUUUAUCUUUGGAGAUGGUCUUUUAACAACGCAGUAAAUAGUUUCUCUAAAACUGCAAUGUUUUCAGAGGCAGGGUUAAGGGGACAGGAUCAGUGCACCUUCACUUUGAGAUGACGUAGUCUGGGUGCCUAUACUGUUCCUUUAAGCAAAAACUGUCUCAAACUACAGUGUUUCUUUGUAGACUAAAAGUUACCUUAAUGUGUUAAUCUGUAAAUAAUAAAGCUGCUUAAAUAGCUAAAUAGAACCUGCUAUCUAGCAGCUCUCAAACCAGUCUUGUGUGGCCAUUUCCUUAAUGUUUUAGUUCAGCGGUAGGCAACCUUCGGCACUCCAGAUGUUUUGAACUAAAUCUCCCAUAAUGGUGACAAAGCGUCAGGGUAGUUGUAGUCCACAACAUCUAGUUUUCCAAAGGUUGCCUAUCCCUGUUCUAGUUUAUUGAAGAAGCCAUGUCUUCUAUUGACAUUCACUGUCUGAAGCUUUGGUUCAGUAUCAUUUAUGGGAAGUAUUCUUAUACAUCUGUUCUUGGCAGUAGACAGUUCAUAUAUCCCCAAAAUUAAACUCUGCAGAAGGAAUCCCUUUUCUGAUAUCUAUAAUCAUAACUGUUGCGGCUUGGUAAAAGAUGUGCAGUCGAUUUCAUUUGUCUUUGGCAUCUUAGAGGAUGUGCAUACACGGCGAGCACAGCUAUCACUUUAAGACUACCCCAUAGGAAAGCAUUAAAUCAGUACUUUCCUAUAGAGUUCUACAUAACAUGAUGUCCUCAUGCAAAGCGUGAGAUCAGCCUCGUUUAGUGGACAAAGUCUAAGGAUGCGGAAGUGCAUUUUGUGGCCGUCUGCUAGACUGACUCCAAAGGUGGAGUUAAUCCUGCAAGGUAAUUACUGCAGUUUAUCAAUAACUGCAAUAAUUACCAUUGCAUGGUUAAGGGUACAGGGACACUGCGCUUAGGCCUCUUCAAUGAGCUGAAGUGGUCUGGGUAUUUGGUCUUUAAUAUUUCAUAAUGCUGAGUUGUUAGGUAUACUGUAGAAGUGCUAGCUGGGGAAUGGCAGUCAGCACAUGUGCUGUGGAUUUCCCUGUCAUCUGUAGUUAUGCAAGGGGCUCUAAAAAGGCUAAAUGUUAAAGAAUUGAAGUGGUGAAGUGAACCAUCUUUUUAAAGACUAUAUUCAUCCUAGUCUAUAUACAUAAAUUCUGAGAGCACCAUUUACAGGUGAAGCUUCACUUAAAGGGGUUUUGGCACUGGCAUGUUUUCCUGGCACUGCAGGACCCUCUAGUGCCCCUCUACCCCACACCCUCCAUCCCAAGUUGCUAAAGGGGUUAAAACCCCUUUAGUGACUUACUGGAGUCCAGUGCCGAUGGCGCUAGGUCUGGCUCAGCCUACACUCCUUCCCGCCAACAUCAGCCGGCGGGGAGACAUAAUGCGCGGGCAAGGGAGACAUAAUGCACGGCAAUGGCCGCACAUGCACAUUACACCUCCCCAUAGGAAAGCAUUUUACAAUGCUUUCCUAUGGGGAUUUCGGCGACGCGGGAGGACGUUCAGCGUCUUAACCCACUUUUCGUUUUCUAUGAACAUGGAAGUCUACUAGACGGCCACUAGAGGACAUAACCCUGCAAGGUAAAUAUUGCAGUUUAUGAAAACUACAAUAAUUACACUUGCGGGGUUAAGGGUUGUGGGAGUUGGCACCCAGACCACUCCAAUGGGCAUAAGUGGUCUGGGUGCCUGGAGUGUCCCUUUAAUUUUUAACUAGUGCUUAAUACAAUUUGAGGAUCAAUUAUGGUAGCAUGGAAAUAUCUCAGAGCGCAAUUACAUGGUGUUUAAAGGGUGGACUUGCACAGCUUUUCUAUACUCCUGUGCAUCAUUCAGUGCAAUAGUUAACUAUAACUUGGUUAGAAUAUGGCCCAACUACAAUGCUUGAGUGAUGAUUUUGUUUAAGUCGGAAUCCCCUUCACUCCCUCAUGAGUGAUAAAACAGAUCUGACAAGCCUGUAGGUGAAUGGAUUACUGUGAACUAUUAAUGUACCGUAUGUAAAAUGUUACAACUUUUGUCAUUUUGUGCAUAUAUUGAUUGGCUUGCUUUGUCUUAGGCGCCAAGCCCAUCUCUGUGUCCUGGCUUCCAACUGCAAUGAACCAAUGUAUGUGAAGUUGGUAGAGGCACUUUGUGCUGAACACCAGAUCAAUCUUAUUAAGGUACGUGAAAAGGGUCUUUUUUGCUGGAAUUAAUAGCCAUAUUAAUAGACAUAAGACUACAUUCUCACACAGCCAAAGUUGCAAGGUAUUAAAUAGAAGUCUGUGCAGAGAUGUCUUACCAUGUAAGUCAGAAAAAAAACAGUAAUCAUUGACAAUAUUGGAUAGACUUCAUUGUGAAUUUUCCUGUGUUUCAGUUAAAUUAGCUUGAUCUACAGUGAUUACACAUUAAAAGUAUUUACAAACUAAUAUUGUGCUGUAUAUGAUGAAAACUUGGCUCCCUCUACUGAAUAUUACGUGGAGAAAUGCCUACAAGUUACCCAAGUUUCUGACUCUACAGACAGUUGUCCAAAAACAAACCUGUUUUAAUGCCGAAUUACAGAAAACAUUUUGUUUCUAGGUUGAUGACAGUAAAAAACUUGGAGAAUGGGUUGGUCUCUGCAAGAUUGACAGGGAAGGAAAACCUCGCAAGGUUGUUGGUUGCAGUUGUGUAGUUGUAAAGGUAAGAAUUUGCAGGGUUUGGGGUGUGCCAUUAAUGAGCAUCUGUUGGACUAAGUGUCUUGCAGACCUUGCUCAAACCUAGUGGCAAUAGUAACUACCAUCACACGAGCCUUAAUGACUUCAUGUGUCUAUUAAGGUCCUUGAUAAUGGCUACAUUGUAAAUGUGUUCAUACUUACUGUUGUGUAAAAGUACCAAAGUAGUUAUUUCUACCACCAUAACUACAGCCUGCUGUAGUGGUUAUGCUAACAAGAUCUUGGCACUGUUGAUGGUGCUGGUCCUCCUUCCUUAUCCUGCCAAGGGACAAAUCUCUAUGGGAUGACAUCCAGAGGUUCAGAAACGGUCAAUCUUUGCCACUCAUUGGCUCAGUCGACUGACUGUUAUUGGCUCCUAAAUGAGUCCGUAUUGAAAUUUGCCCUUAAUUGGCAAUAGCUGGGCUGGCUGACACACCACAUCUCUGCCAGAGGUGGUUACACCUCUAGAAGCAAACUGAUUAAACACUGCACAUACUAAUGCCAGAGAGCAUGACCAUUUCAAAUCACUAAAGUCAUCAUGGUGCUUGGUAUAACACUUUUUUUUUUUUUUUCCAUUAAUUGAAAUAGAGUGGAUGUAAUCCCAUAGCACUUUGGAUAGUGUUGGUGAGCUUUAUUGUGAACAGCAUGAAAACCAGAACCUGCUUUAAAUGCCUACAACGUAGUGCACACUACCUAAUUUGUACUUAGAACACAACUAUGGCACAAUAACUACUACCGAUUUUUACUUGUGCAUGAAGUCUUUUGGUACUGCUUUCCAAACUUUAAAGGACCACUAUAGUGCCAGGAAAACAUACCGCCGGGCUCUAGGGUGUGGAAGGGGUUAAAUGUACCUUUCUCCAGCGCUGGGCAGGGAACUGUCCUCCUCCAUAUCACCGUCGGCUGCAUGCGCGGCAUGAAAAUCAGUGAGAUGCAUGGAAGCGGAUGUCAAUGAGACAAGCACUAGAGGCUGGAUUAACCCAUAUGUAAACAUAGCAGUUUCUUUGAAACCGUAAUGUUUAUAGAAGAAAAGGUUAAUCCUAGCUGGACCUGGCACCCAGACCACUUCAUUAAGUUGAAGUGGUCUGGGUGCCUAUAGUGGUCCUUUAAACCAGGGCUGUCCAACCUGCGGCACACAGAUGUUGCUGGACUACAACUCCCAUGAUUCUUUCAAUGAAACAGCCAUGGAAUUAUGUGAGUUGUAGUUCAGCAACAUCUGGGGGGCGCAGGUUGAACAGCCCUGCUUUAAACCGCAAAAGUUAUUUAGGUAGUUGCAUAAUGUGAUUGUUGAUAUUAAUGAAAUUAGUCAAAACAAGAAUUGCAAUGAUAGACUUAAAUGCAAUAUCUCAGCAGCACAAUAGUCUAGGCUCUGGGUUACAAAGUCCCAGCGGGUAGCAAUCCGACUAUUUCCAUCAUGCCAUCUUUAAUAUGCGGUAGUAGUCAUGCUUGGACACAAACUCUAGCAGUAACGAACCUAAUGCAAAAUUUAUUUUUAUUUUAGGACUAUGGCAAAGAGUCUCAAGCAAAGGAUGUCAUUGAAGAGUAUUUCAAGUUGAAGAAAUAA